AGGAGCUCGUGUGUAAUAUUUCAGUUGAAAUCAUUCCCCGUUCCUACAAACAAGCGGACGCUACUUUUUUUUUUUUUUUUUUUUUUCAUUUUGAGAAAGAAGAAAAAAACUUCGACUUCACUUAGACGCGAGGGAGCAAGCUAGAGAGAGAGGGGCGUAUCUUAAAAAAACAAACCAGCUGUCGGUCCUCUUUGGGGGGGAAAAGCAUCUAUUAUUAUUAUUAUUAUUAUUAUUAUUAUUAUUAUUAUUAUUAUUAUUAUUAUUAUUAUUAGUGACUGAUAUGACUGGGGAAGACACUCGGUGAAACUUCGCUCAGCGGCGGUUCAAUCAACAGUACUUUCACCUCUCUGAAAAUAUAAAAACAAGGCGACUCCAGCGAGAAAACGCCACGCCACAGUCCUAUUAGCCAACACGAGUGUGUCUCUGAUGUCACCAGGUGGUGUCGCCCUGGUAACCCCCGCGGCCGCACCGCCGCUGCAGCUCGACCAAUCAGAACCCGCGAAUGCCAAGCCUGCAUCGGAGGGUGGGGCCUGCCUCAGUCUCGCGUGAUUGGCUGCUGGAUGGAAUUGAGGUGAAUGGAACACAUGCCCAAAGAGCAGGAUCGCAACCAAUCAGAGGGAGAAGAGAAAAGGUGGCUCGAUGGUUCAAAGAGGAAAAGAAAGAACAGUCAGUGUUCUGUGAAGAGCAUGUCUGCGCUGAGCCUCUCUGUUUCAGGGUACAUCCCCAGCUACCUGGAGAAGGACGAGCCGUGCGUUGUGUGCGGGGACAAGGCCACUGGGUACCACUACCGCUGCAUCACCUGUGAGGGCUGCAAGGGUUUUUUCCGGCGCACGAUCCAGAAGAACCUGCACCCCGCCUACUCCUGCAAGUACGAUGGCUGCUGCAUCAUCGACAAGAUCACGCGCAACCAGUGCCAGCUGUGCCGCUUCAAGAAAUGCAUCACUGUGGGCAUGGCCAUGGACUUGGUGCUGGACGACUCGAAGCGCGUGGCGAAGCGACGGCUCAUCGAGGAGAAUCGCGAGCGCAGGAGGAAGGAGGAGACGCUGCGGACCCUGCAGGACCGGCCCGAGCCCACAGCCCCCGAGUGGGAGCUGAUCCACAUGGUGACUGAGGCUCACCGGCACACCAACGCACAGGGAUCCCACUGGAAGCAGAAGCGCAAGUUCCUGCCCGAGGAUAUUGGUCAGUCCCCAGUCGCCCCCACGCCGGAUGGAGACAAGGUUGACCUGGAGGCCUUCAGCGAGUUCACCAAGAUAAUCACCCCGGCCAUCACUCGAGUCGUCGACUUUGCCAAAAAACUGCCCAUGUUCUCCGAGCUGCCUUGUGAAGACCAGAUCAUCCUGCUGAAGGGCUGCUGCAUGGAAAUCAUGUCUCUCCGCGCGGCCGUGCGCUACGACCCGGACAGCGAGACCCUCACGCUCAGCGGAGAGAUGGCCGUGAAGCGCGAGCAGCUCAAGAACGGGGGGCUGGGGGUGGUCUCGGACGCCAUCUUCGACCUGGGCAAGAGCCUGGCGCAGUUCAGCCUGGACGACGCAGAGGUGGCCCUGCUGCAAGCCGUCCUGCUCAUGAGCUCAGACCGGUCUGGGCUGCUCUGCGUGGAUAAGAUAGAGAAGUGCCAGGAAAGAUACCUGCUGGCAUUUGAACACUACAUCAACUACCGCAAGCACAGCCUCCCCCACUUCUGGCCCAAGCUGCUGAUGAAAGUGACGGACCUCCGCAUGAUCGGGGCGUGUCACGCCAGCCGCUUCCUGCACAUGAAGGUGGAGUGUCCCACGGAACUGUUCCCCCCGCUCUUCCUGGAGGUGUUUGAGGACCAGGAUGUCUAGGGGGCCGAGGCAGGGGGGGAGGUUGAAGACCUGAUGGUCGCACUUUCAGUGUCCCACCCGGAGCCUCCAGGUGUUUGAGCAAGAGAAUGAGAGAGAAUCGAUAUGGGAACCUGCCUUUUUUCAAUGACGCAUCACCAGGGCUCUGCCGCUAAAUCACAAUCCACAACCACCAGCCACCACCAGGGCGACGGUCUCUCCUGCUAUUUCUCUUUUUUUUUCUCACUCUUUCAGCUGAAGACUUCCUCCCCUUAACAUUCUGUUCUUUUUUUUUUUGGACCGGUGGAUAAAUCUCAGAUUCUUCCCUCCUUUCCAAUACUUUAUAAAGUCAAAGGUGUCUGGUAUUAUUAUAAAAUCACCUGUGAGUCGCCACUUAUU